CCAACAUCCGUCAGUCUCAGCUUGUCAAAAGCUUCAGCAGCAGCAGCAGCAGAAGCUACCUGAAAAAAAGCCCAAUGGACUCGUCGUCCUCAGCUGCAAACUGGAACCACUCUUUCCUCUAUCUCAUCUUCAUCUACGCUCUUCUCUACUUCCUCCACACCCAAAUCGCUCACAGAUUACUCAUAGGCCAUGCACCCGUAACCCUCAAGAAGACCAGCCCAAAUCUCCCUCUUCGCUUCCGCUCCGAUGGGACCUUCAAGAUUCUCCAGGUGGCUGAUAUGCAUUAUGGGAAUGGAGGGUUGACUCGGUGUCGAGACGUGUUGGACUCCGAGCUUGCGGGAUGUUCUGAUCGGAACACGUCGCUAUUCCUCAAGAGGAUGAUUGAAGCUGAAAAGCCUGAUUUCAUUGCUUUUACAGGUGAUAAUAUAUUUGGGCCAAGCUCUACCGACGCUGCUGAAUCAAUGAUUCGAGCAUUUGGUCCUGCCAUUAAAUCAGGCAUUCCGUGGGCAGCAGUUUUGGGAAACCACGACCAAGAAUCUACAAUGAAUCGUGAAGAACUCAUGUCCUUUAUCUCCCUUAUGGACUAUUCACUUUCACAAGUUAAUCCAUUAGCUGAAGAUCCCUUAGGAGAAUGGAUGCAAGACAUUGAUGGUUUUGGCAAUUAUAAUCUGAGAGUAUAUGGUGCCCCAGGUUCCUACUUGGCAAAUAGCAGCAUCCUCAACCUUUUCUUUCUUGACAGUGGAGACAGAGAGACUGUUCAUGGAGUACGAACUUACGGUUGGAUUAAGGAAUCACAACUCCGUUGGCUUCGUGGUGUUUCUCAGGGCCACAGUCGAGAUCCAGAUCACUCAGACAAUGCUUUUUCUCCAGAUAAACCACCGGCGCUUGCUUUUUUCCAUAUCCCAAUUCCUGAGAUCCGGCAGCUGUGGAAUAAAGACAUUGUUGGCAAGUUUCAGGAGGCUGUGGCAUGUUCAUCAGUGAACCCGGGAGUUUUGCAGACCCUUGUAUCCAUGGGAGAUGUGAAAGCUGUGUUCAUUGGACAUGAUCAUACCAAUGACUUUUGUGGGAAUCUUGAUGGUGUUUGGUUCUGUUAUGGUGGGGGCUUUGGAUAUCAUGGUUAUGGAAAGACGGGGUGGCCAAGAAGAGCUAGGGUCAUAUUGGCAGAACUUGGGAAAGGGGAGAAAGGCUGGAUGGGAGUUGAGAGGAUUAGGACAUGGAAGUGUCUUGAUGAUGAGAAACUGAGCAAGAUUGAUGAGCAGUUCUUGUGGGAAUACCAUCCAUCAUGACAGCUCUAGUUGCAGCCUUGCAGGUAUGGAACUGGCAUAUUGAAGUAUAUGUUGUAUAUCCUCUCUCAGUAUUGUUGUUAGCUUCACCAUUCUUUCUGUCUAAGAGGGGAAUGUCCUCCCUUGUGCAACUCAACAAUGUAGAAAAGAAAACAGUUGCAUUAUGAUCCAUUCUUUCAUGUAAACAAACCUUCUUGUUUGUAAUUUGAGGUUAUAAGUUUGUUGUGAAAAAGAAGUCUAAUUCUUACUUGAA